AUGGCAGUUUUACCAGAGAAUUCAGGAUACAUCCAGAGUUCAGACCCUACAAAGCCUCGCUCUGAUGCAGCUGUCCCUUUCCGCGAUAUCAUACCCUCCCCAGCUCAUCCUCGCAUUGCUGGGAUACAAGAUCAUACAGCAUUAAGUUGGUGCGAGUCUAGAAGGCAAAUUGAGGCUCCUGCUUGGCUGAUUAAUCGACUUGAUGCAAAGAAUCUAGAGAAACCAUACAAAGGAUUCACAUCAGACGGAAAGGUCAGAGAGGGGCUGUAUAAUUAUGCGGAGGAUGAAGGUGCGCCAACGGAGGAGGUUAUCACGAAAACCGAAGAGUUUUUGAAGGUCUUGAGUGAAGAUCAAAGAAAAGCGGUUCAAUUCGGUGAUGUUACAGAUGAUGAAUUUCGACUGUGGUCGAAUCCAGAAUUAUACAUGAAUCCAGGUGGACUACGACUCGAUGAGUGUUCCUCAGAUAUUCAAGACGCUAUUCACGCCAUUCUUAGAGCUUCAUCCUCUAAGCAGGGCUAUGAAAAAAUUCAUGCUUGUUGUCUCACAAAUGAUUUCCUUGGACAUUUAGUGAACGGCAAGAAAGUGCUCAAUGAACAUUCCUAUAACUUUCGCUUAUUUGGUACACCAUCCAUGACCAAACCAUUCGGAUACACAUUCUUUGGACAUCACUUGUGUUUUUGUGUAGUUUUUCUCGGAAAAAGAAUGGUGAUUGGUCCUACAUUCAUGGGAGCAGAACCUGAUAGAAUUGAUGAGGGACCACAUGCUGGCCUGAGGUUAUUCAGAUCGGAGGAGAUGGAUAGUUUAAGCUUGAUGCAAAGCUUACCCAAAGAACUACAAGAGAAGGCAACUCUGAGUAAGGGUAUGGAUGGAAAAAGUCUGCCAGCUGAUAGAUGGAAUCCGUUUGACGAAAGACAUCUGGGUGGUGCGAGACAAGAUAAUAGGAUCGUCCCAUAUGAAGGAUGUCCAGUUUCAGAAUUUUCAGCAACUCAACAAGAGCAAGUUAUCAAGCUUUUCAAAUCUUUCAACGAGUAUUAUCCCGACUCAGUUUUGGAGCACAGGGUCGCACUAUUCAAGAAACAUCUCGACGAAACAUAUUUUGCUUGGAUCGGAGAAUUUGGAGACGAUGAUCCUUAUUACUACCGCAUCCAUAGCCCGGUAGCAUUUUUGGAAUUGGAUUUCCAUUGUGGAAUUUUCUUGACAAAUACAAGUCCAGCAAGAUGUCACAUUCAUACAUGCAACAGGUUGCCUAACCGAGGUGAUUAUGGGCGAGCACUCUUGGAACAGUCGAAGUAG